AUGGAAACAGGAAGAGAAGAUCAGAUUGAAGACUUGUCACUGUCCCCUCCAACAAUGGGUUCCAUGCAAAUUGCAGGGAGCAAUGGCUUUGGUCAUAACAUAGAGUUCAUGUCUCAAGCCUACCUCAGAAAUAGGAGCUCAGAGAUUGAUAUAGAGGACGAGACACCGUAUAACAGUAAAGAUCGCCCCCUUCCAGUAUUUCUCAAGUUUGAAGAUGUGGAAUAUAAGGUUAAAAUUAACCUAGCAGCCUCCAGCAACCCAGUGAAGGCAGUUGUGUCGAAGGUAGCCUCACAACUGAACAUGGAUCAAGAUAAUUACAAGCAGAUAUUGAAAGGUAUAACAGGAAGUAUUCGUCCGGGGGAAAUCCUUGCUUUAAUGGGGCCUUCUGGCAGUGGGAAAACAACGUUGUUAAAGAUAAUAGGGGGAAGGUUACACGAAAACGUUAAAGGAACCAUCACUUACAAUGACAUCCCAUACAAUGCAGCUCUUAAGAGGAGGAUUGGAUUUGUGACACAAGAUGAUGUGCUCUUUCCACAGUUGACAGUAGAGGAAACAAUGGUUUUCGCUGCAUUUUUAAGACUUCCAAGCAGCAUGAGCCGAAGGCAAAAACAUGAAAGAGUCGAGAUGAUUGUUAAGGAAUUAGGCCUUGAAAGAUGUCGUCACACAAGAAUAGGAGGGGCAUUUGUUAAAGGCAUAUCCGGGGGAGAAAGAAAAAGAACCAGCAUAGGAUAUGAAAUUCUUGUUGAUCCUUCAUUGCUGUUGCUUGAUGAACCAACUUCAGGACUUGAUUCGACCUCUGCAACCAAACUCCUUCAGAUCCUUCAAGGAGUUGCUAAGGUAGAGAACUCUGUGAGAAUAACAGCAGGAAGAACAAUAAUUACGACGAUCCACCAGCCUUCAAGCAGGAUGUUUCACAUGUUUGACAAGGUUUUGUUGAUAUCAGAAGGGUACCCUGUGUAUUGUGGGAAGGCCAGAGAAUCGAUUGUUUACUUCUCGUCUCUAAGAUUCUCUCCAGAGAUAGCUAUGAACCCUGCAGAAUUCUUGCUGGAUUUAGCAACUGGACAAGUGAACGAUAUUAGUGUUCCUGAAGAUUUACCGGCACCUCAAAGCACUUCUGAAUAUGAGGGGGUCAUAAUAAGAUAUCUGCAGCAGAAAUACAAGAUUGAAUUAGAGCCAAAAGAAAAAGCAGAGAAUCAUCAAGCAGCAAAGACACCAGACCAUCUCCAAUUAGCCAUUCAGGUCAAGAAGGAUUGGACAAUGAGUUGGUGGGAACAAUUCAUGAUACUAUGUAAGAGAACAUUUAAAGAGAGAUGGAGAGAUUACUUUGAUAAGCUACGACUGGCUCAAGCACUUGGAGUAGCCGUGUUGUUAGGCCUUCUUUGGUGGAAAUCAGACACCAAAACUGAGGCUCAACUCAGAGAUCAGAUUGGUUUGAUGUUCUAUGUCUGUAUCUUUUGGACAUCUUCAUCAAUAUUCGGAGCGGUAUAUGUGUUCCCAUUUGAGAAGCUCUAUUUGGUGAAAGAAAGGAAAUCAGAUAUGUACAGAUUAAGUGUAUAUUAUGUGUGUAGCACUUUGUGUGACAUGGUGGCACAUGUUCUGUAUCCUACUCUUUUUAUGUGCAUUCUGUACUUCAUGGCUGGCUUUAAGAGAACAGUCCAGUGCUUCUUCAUGACAUUGUCUGCAAUACUAUUGAUAGCUAUUACAAGCCAAGGGGCAGGAGAGCUCUUUGGAGCUGCAGUAAUGAGUAUUAAAAGGGCAGGGAUGAUUGCUUCUAUGGUACUAAUGUUGUUCCUUCUCACAGGAGGUUAUUAUGUUCAGGUAUUCAAAUGUACAAGAUCAAACUCUUAG